AUGCCUGGAAAGACUAAGCCGCCGCCUGACGAGUCUAUCACCUUCAGUUCAGGACCCCACGAGGGCCCCCCCGACCUGAGAAUCCUCCAUUACAACGAUGUCUACCAUGUCGACUCGUCCUCCAGCGAGCCUGUGGGCGGUGCUGCGAGGUUCAUGUCGCUCGUCAACGACUACCGAGAGGGCGACACCUACAAGGAACAGCCGGGCCUGGUCACCCUCUUUUCUGGCGAUGCCUUCAACCCGAGUCUGGAGAGCUCCGUAACAAAAGGCGACCACAUGGUCCCCUUGCUGAACAACAUCGGGACGGAUGCGGCAGCGCUAGGGAACCACGAUCUCGACUUUGGGGUUCGGAAGUUCAGACAUCUGUCAUCAAAGUGCAAGUUCCCCUGGCUCAUCGCAAACGUCCUGGACCCUGCCCUGGGAGAAUCGGUCCCUAUCGGCAACUGCAAGAAGACACACAUGAUCACCGCGUCCAAUGGAAUCAAGAUCGGCUUGAUAGGCCUAGGGGAACGAGAGUGGCUGGCCACGAUUAACAGUCUCCCGCCGGACCUGGUCUACAAGUCUGCUAGCGAGACGGCAAAGGAGCUGGUGCCCCAGCUCCGCUCAGACGGCGCUGACAUCGUCAUUGCUGUCACGCAUAUGCGAGAGCCAAACGACAACAAGCUGGCCGAGAAGACCGACGGCAUCAUCGACAUCAUCCUCGGCGGACACGACCACUAUUACAACCACAGCUUCAUCAAAGGGACUCAUGUCUUGCGCUCGGGCACUGACUUCAAGCAGCUGAGCUACGUCGAGGCAAGGAGACGGCCUGAUGACUCGGGACGGUGGGAUAUCAACAUCACUCGGAGAGAUGUGACAAGUGCAAUCCCCCAGCACGAAUCUACCGUGAGGCUAGUCGAGAAGUUGACAGCUAGUCUCAAUGCGACCCUGCAGAAGCCCAUCGGUUACACUGCUACCCCUCUUGAUGCUAGAUUUCGAACUGUCCGGCUGAAAGAGAGCAACAUCGCCAACUGGGUUUGCGACAUCAUGCGCCACUACUACUCGGGCGAUUGCAGCUUGAUGGCCUCUGGGACCAUCCGUGGGGACCAGAUAUAUCCACCCGGACCCAUCCUUUUGAAAGACAUUAUGAACUGCUUUCCAUUUGAAGAUCCUGUCGUGGUCAUCAAGGCCACCGGCCAAGCCAUCUGGGACGCUUUGGAGAACGGCCUUUCGCAGUACCCUGCUCUCGAAGGGCGCUUCCCGCAGGUCUCGAAUAUCACUUUUAAAUUCGACGGCCGGAAACCUACCGGCUCCCGCAUAGUCUCCGCCACCAUCGAUGGCGCGCCCAUGAAUAUGUCGAGGAAAUAUGUUGUGGUGACACGCGCGUACAUGGCCCGGGGAAAAGACGGCUAUGAUAGCCUCCUGAUAGAGUCGGAAGGCGGCAAGGCAGAGGAGAUCGUGUCGGAAGAGAACGGCAUUCUGAUCUCUAUGAUGCUACGUCAAUACUUCAUGUCGCUCAAAGUCAUGGGCAAGUGGAAAUUCUGGGGUAAAAGCAUGGGACGGCAUUGGAACAAAGUCACCGACAAGGUCGAUGCUAAUCAUAUUCAUAACGACCCAACGCCAGGUCCGACACCGGUCUCGCCCACGACCUCAAAUAACUUCCCAGGUCCAGGCUGGGACAACUGGACGCCACAGAAAAUCCGUGAACGGAAGGCUAGUGCUGUGCCGAUCGACGACUCCGAUACUGAAGACGAAGAGGCCGGCGACGGAGGGUCCCAAGAGCAGCAGGAGAUAGAGAUGAUCGAUCGGGAGUUGCAGGUCAUGCGUCGGGUGUUCACCAAGUGGGCUCGCCUUGCUGGAGUGGAAUGCAAAGUCGGCGAUGAAUUGCAGGAGGGUGACUUUGAGGUCGACUGGACCAAGGCCAUUGCGCCUCGUGUCGAGGGUCGCAUUAUUUGUGUUGGGGGCGAGCAAAUGUGA